AUGACCGAGAUAGUGAGACUGCAUGGAGUGCUCGUGUCAAUUGUUUAUGAUAGAGAUGCCUAUUUUACUUCCAAGUUUUGGAAAGGACUUCAGGCUGCCAUGGGCACGAGAUUGGACUUUAGUAUAACUGUUCACCCUCAGACUGAUGUUAGCAGGCUACCAUUAACAUUCGCAUCAUUUGAAGCUCUACAUGGUAAGUGUUGUAGAUUCUCUGUAUGUUGGGGUGAGGUUGGUGAGCAGAGGAUGUUAUGUCCCAAGCUAGUUCAGACCACCAAUGAGGCCAUACAGAAGAUUAGAGCCCGCAUGUUGACUGAGCAGAGGAUGUUAUGUCCCAAGCUAGUUCAGACCACCAAUGUGGCCAUACAGAAGAUUAGAGCCCGCAUGUUGACAGCGCAGAGCAUACAGAAGAGUUACGCCAAUGAACAACGUAGGGAUCUUGAGUUCGAUGUAGGGGACAUGGUUUUUGUAAAGGUAGCACCUAUGAAGGGUGUUAUGAGGUUUGAGAAGAAGGGAAACCUGAGUCCACGUUUCGUAACUCAUCAUUUGGCAUUGCCUCUGUCAUUGUCUGCAGUUCAUGAUGUAUACGAUGUAUCCAUGCUGAGGAAGUGUGUAACAGAUCCAACACAUAUAGUUGAUUAUGAGUCAUUGCAAAUCAAUGAGAACUUGAGCUAUGAGGAGCAACCAGUUGAGAUUUUGGCAAAAGAAGUUAAGUUGCUUCAUAACAGGGGAAUUAAUUAA